AUGAGCUUAGAAAAAGCCAGAACAUUAAUUGAUAAGCUUUUUUUAACAAUAAAUGGAUCCUGUCCAUGUGCGCACGCACGCCGUCUCGCCGUCUAAUCCGAGCGACCUCGAUGUCACAGCAGGUUUUGAUGCCCCGCUCGGAGGCCGGUUGCUGGCGCUGAGAAUGACCCUGCCUCUCGGCCGCGCAGGAAUGGCCGCCAGCGGGAACCUCUCCGAAGAGCAGGUGCACUGCUCCAUCUGCCUGGACGUCUUCACCAACCCCGUCUCCAUCCCGUGCGGACACAACUUCUGCCAGGGCUGCAUCCUGGGCUACUGGAGGACCAGCCCCUUGUACCAGUGCCCCAUGUGCAAAAAGUCCUUCCACAAGAGGCCCGACAUCAGCAUCAACACGGUGCUGAGGGAGAUCGCCGAGCAGUUCAAGGAGAUCAGGGUCAGGGGCGCCGAGGACCAGGAGCGCGAGCAGGCGGAGGACGAGAUGGAGCGGAAGGGGACGGCGGGACGAAGGAAGAAGGAGGACGAGGAGAGGCUUCUGGAGAAGGAUCAGAAGCAGCAGGAGGAGGAGGAGGAGAGGAGAAACAGAGAGAAAAAGCCUCAUCUGGAGGAGUUACCGCCUCUGAUCCCCUGUGUGCCCGCACCCCUGAUCCCUCCUCCUCCACCCCAGGCCACAGACAAGGGGCCCCACCCGCCUCUGCCGCCCCAAACACCACCCACGCCUUCACCUCAGCUCGCGGCUUCCUCACCCCCGCCCUGGGAGGAGGUCCUCUGCGACGUUUGCCUGGGGGAGGGCAGGCCCAAGGCGGUCAAGUCCUGCCUGGUGUGCCUCACCUCCUACUGCGAGGAGCACCUGCGGUCUCACGUGGGCAGGUUCACCAUGCACAAGCUGAUAGAGCCCGUGGCCAACAUGGAGGACAGGAUGUGUCCCAAGCACCAGCGGCUCCUGGAGCUCUUCUGCAAGAGGGACCAGACCUGCGUGUGCGUGCUCUGCACGGAGACGGACCACCGGGCGCACUACACCGUCCCCGUGGAGAGAGAGUGGACGGAGAAAAAGGCGCAGUUGAAGAAGACGGAAGUGGACGUCCAGCAGAUGAUCCGGGACAGAGUGAAGAAGGUGGAGGAGAUCAAACACUCGGUGGAGCAAAACAAGGCCAGCGCCCAGAGGGAGGUGGAGGAAAGCGCGCAGGUGGUGUCGGACCUGGUGCGCUCCAUCCGGGAGACUCAGGCCGAGCUGGCCUCGGCCAUCGAGGAGAAGCAGCGGCAGACGGAGAGCUGGGCCCAAGGCCUGGUGGCUGAACUGGAGGCGGAGAUCGGCGAGCUGAGGAGGAGGAGCGGCGACCUGGAGAGCGUGGCCCGGAGCGACCACAUCCACUUCCUGAAGAGCUUCCCGGCCCUCAGCACCCUUCCUUCCGUCAAAGACUGGUCCGAGACCAGCGUUCCCACGGACGUGUGCGUGGGGACGAUCCGGAGGUCCGUGGCCAAACUGGAGGCCGCGCUGCACGAAGCGAUUGGCCAAUUGGCUGAAAGUGAGAUCAAGAAGAUUCUGAAAUACAAAGCGGACGUGACGCUGGACGCCGACUCGGCCAACCCCUGGCUGCAGCUCUCGCAGGACAGGCGUCAGGUGAGACACCUGGGCGCCUGGCAGGACCUCCCGGACCGCCCCGAGCGCUUCGACACGGUGGUCAUCGUCCUGGGCCGCGAGGGCUUCUCCUCGGGGAGGCACUACUGGGAGGUCCAAGUGGGGGACAAGGACGACUGGUACAUGGGCGUGGCCAGAUCCUCCGUCAACAGAAAGGGCCGCAUCUCCAUUAGCACGACGCACGGCUACUGGGCUCUGGCCAUGAAGAAGGGCCACGGGUACCGAGCGUCCACGUGUCCGCCGGAGCCCCUCGCCCUCCCGGCCAGGCCCAGGCGGGUGGGCGUGUACGUGGACUACGAGGAGGGGCAGGUGUCCUUCUACGACGUGAAGGCUCGGGCCCACAUUUACACAUUCAAAGACGAGUUCAGGGAGAAGAUCUUGCCCUUCUUCUACCUGUACUGCUGCGACAAAGCGUCCGAUACCAUCGCCAUUUGUCCCGUGAACGAGAAGAGUCUGAUCAAGCAAAGCUAGGGACGCGUUGGACUGCAAGAAGAGGCACGAGAGAAAGCAAAGCCUUCAUGUGUAUUCAUCAUGUGUAGAAUAUAGUCAUUUUAUGUUUACGCAUUGAGAUCAGUUCAACAUUAACAUUGUGGUGUUAUGCUCAAGAAUAUUUUGUUUUUCUUUGAAGGAAUUGAAAAAAAAUUAAUCAGGCCAAUUAACCACCGGCUAGCCAGUGUUAUGCUAAGCUAAUCAUGAUAACAUCCUGAUAAUGUUUUAAAUGGCAUCAUAAUCAAGGGAGAAUGCAAACCAAACAAACUGUUCUUCAGAAGAAAUGGUACCUUCUGGAUCUGUGAUGUCGUGUUUCCGUGUGGACUCUUAGUCAAGUGUGAUUAAUGCUGCCGAGGUCGUACGUUGGGGAGAAGUUUGCUCAUCGUUUACAACAAUAAACACUCACUCGAAUAUUC